AUGGAGUCAACUAGUGAAGAGAGCAUUGAUCACCUAGUUUUCUGUGCAAAACUUCAUCCAAGAUUUGGGAAAAAGCUCAGAGAAUGUGUGACAUUUGGAGGGAUUGGUACGCUAGAGGAGGAGCUUCAGUGGGUAUCCAAACACAACAAACACAACAAAGUUAGAUUAACACUCAGAGGUAGCAUCAUGGAAGCUAUAGUAGAGGAGAUUAGGCAUGUGGCUCUUGCAUUGGUAAAGAUCCCAAAGUCUCAUGAAUGCUGGAAAUUGGCUUUGGAAUGGAAUAUCCCAUCACAGUGUAGCAUCAUGGAAGCUAUAGUAGAGGAGAUUAGGCAUGUGGCUCUUGCAUUGGGAAAGAUCCCAAAGUCUCAUGAAUGCUGGAAAUUGGCUUUGGAAUGGAAUAUCCCAUCACAGUGUAUAGUAAAAAGAAGAAAGAAAAUCAUGGGUCGUAUGAUUUUAGCACUUUUGGUUCUUGCAAUUUUCCUUGGUGAUGGAUUUGUUGUGCCACGAGUUAAUGGGAUGCUGGAUGAUAUUGAUCAUAGUAAUUAUAACAACCGUUUGUCUCCAACUUAUCAUGUAGACAAGUUCAACCGCAGCAGUUUACCGCCUGGAUUUAUAUUUGGUGCAGCAUCCGCAGCUUAUCAGGUUGAAGGUGGAUGGAAUGCAGAUGGAAAAGGCCCCAGUAUUUGGGAUACUUUCACCCAUAAGUAUCCAGAAAAAAUUCAAGACCAUAGUACUGGAGAUGUGGCAGCGGACUCCUACCAUCGUUAUAAGGAAGAUGUUGAGCUAUUGAAGGGAAUGAACAUGGAUGCUUAUCGCUUCUCAAUUUCAUGGCCUAGAGUAUUACCAAGUGGAAAAAUUUCUGGAGGUGUGAAUGAGAAAGGAAUUGAGUACUACAACAAUCUCAUAAAUCAUCUUCUAGCCAAUGGUAUCAAGCCAGUUGUUACUCUUUUCCACUGGGAUCUUCCUCAAGCAUUGGAAGACGAAUAUGGAGGAUUUUUGAGUGAUAAAAUUAUACAUGAUUUCCAUGGCUACGCAAACCUUUGCUUUGAGAAAUUCGGUGAUCGAGUAAAACAAUGGAUCACAUUGAACGAGCCAUGGUCAUUUUCACAAGGCUAUGAUGGAGGGGGUUCUGCGCCAAAUCGAUGUUCUUCUUGGUUGAACAACAGCUGCGUCGCCGGAGAUUCGGGCACUGAACCAUAUUUGGUGAUGCACCACCAGCUUCUUGCACAUGCUCAUGCAGUAAGAUUGUACAGGACAAAGUAUCAGGAUCAUCAAAAAGGAAUAAUUGGAAUUGCGCUUGUUGGUCCUUGGUUCGUUCCUUUCUCUAACUCAUUGGCGGACAAACAUGCUGCCCUUCGUGCCAUGGACUUCCAACUUGGGUGGAAUUUGGACCCGUUGGGCUUUGGUAAAUAUCCCAAAUCAAUGAGAACCCUUGUCAAGGAUCGUCUUCCAAAAUUCACCGAAGAGCAGUCCGACUUAGUAAAAGGGUCGUUCGACUUUCUUGGCUUGAACUACUAUACUGCAAAUUAUGCCAAGGAUGCAAGCGGCGUGAAGAUCUCAAAUCCUAGAUACUCUACUGAUUCUCAAGCUAAUUCCACCAUAGCUAUGCGCCACGGGAAGCCAAUAGGACAACAGGCUGGAUCAAGUUGGCUGCGCAUUUAUCCCAAAGGGAUCUGGAGGCUCUUAAGAUACGUAAGGGCUAGAUAUCAAGAUCCAAUAAUCUACAUAACAGAAAAUGGUGUUGAUGACAAGGACGAUCCCAGUGUGCCACUAAAAGAAGCCCUUAAAGAUUCAUUCAGGAUAAGAUACUACCACGAUCAUCUUUCUUUCCUUCACAGAGCUAUCCGGGCUGGUGCUAAAGUGAAAGGAUUCUUUGGAUGGGCAGCAAUUGACAACCUUGAAUGGGGUAAUGGAUACACUGUUCGCUUUGGCCUCAAUUAUGUAGAUUUUAAACAUGGGACGAAAAGAUACCCAAAACUCUCGGCAAAAUGGUUCCAGAAGUUCCUUCAAAGGUAA